GAGGUGGACCACGAAGGGAAAGCAAGUCCUGUAGGAAGUGAUAGUAGCUCUAUCCCAGAUGACAUGGGCUCUGAACCAAAGCGGACCUUACCUUUUAGAAAAGGGCCCAAUUUUACGAUGGAAAAAUUCCUCGAUCCAUCUCGUCCAUAUAAAUGUACAGUGUGUAAAGAGUCAUUCACCCAAAAGAACAUUCUCUUGGUCCACUAUAAUUCAGUUUCUCACUUGCAUAAGCUGAAAAAAGUUUUGCAGGAAGCCUCCAGUCCUGUCCCACAAGAAACUAACAGCAACACAGAUAACAAACCCUACAAGUGCAGCAUCUGCAAUGUUGCAUACAGCCAAAGCUCAACACUGGAAAUCCACAUGAGGUCUGUGCUCCACCAGACAAAGGCUAGGGCUGCAAAGCUGGAGCCUGGUGGUCAUGUGGCUGGUGGGCACAGCAUUGCAGCAAAUGUUAACAGCCCUGGCCAGGGGAUGUUAGAUUCCAUAAGUUUAGCAGCUGUAAACAGCAAAGAUACCCAUUUAGAUGCCAAAGAAUUAAAUAAAAAGCAAACUCCUGAUUUAAUCUCUGCUCAACCUACACAUCACCCAUCACAGUCACCAGCACAAAUUCAGAUGCAACUACAGCACGAAUUACAACAGCAAGCCGCAUUCUUUCAGCCUCAGUUUCUAAACCCAGCCUUUUUGCCUCAUUUUCCUAUGACCCCAGAAGCACUGCUGCAGUUUCAGCAGCCUCAGUUUCUCUUUCCAUUUUAUAUACCUGGGACAGAGUUCAGCUUGGGGCCAGAUUUGGGCUUGCCAGGCUCUGCCACAUUUGGGAUGCCUGGCAUGACAGGAAUGGCUGGCUCCUUGCUUGAAGACCUAAAGCAGCAGAUUCAAACCCAACAUCACGUUGGCCAAACUCAACUCCAGAUACUACAGCAACAAGCACAACAGUACCAAGCCACACAGCCCCAGCUGCAGCCUCAAAAACAACAGCAGCAGCCGCCACCUCCACAGCAGCAGCAGCAACAGCAAGCAAGCAAAUUAUUGAAACAAGAGCAAAGUAACAUAGUGAGUGCAGACUGCCAAAUCAUGAAGGACGUGCCGUCUUAUAAGGAGGCAGAAGAUAUUUCUGAAAAGCCAGAAAAACCAAAGCAGGAAUUUAUAAGUGAAGGUGAAGGACUCAAAGAAGGCAAAGACACAAAGAAGCAAAAAUCCUUGGAACCAUCCAUCCCACCACCCCGAAUAGCUUCAGGGGCCAGAGGAAAUGCUGCCAAAGCGUUAUUGGAAAACUUCGGUUUUGAACUGGUCAUUCAGUAUAACGAAAACAGGCAGAAGGUACAGAAGAAGGGCAAAAGUGGUGAAGGCGAAAACACUGACAAACUAGAAUGUGGAACAUGUGGUAAAUUGUUUUCCAAUGUUCUUAUUUUAAAGAGUCACCAAGAACAUGUACAUGGGCAAUUUUUCCCAUAUGGAGCGCUAGAAAAAUUUGCUCGUCAAUAUAGGGAGGCCUAUGACAAGCUUUAUCCAAUUUCUCCAUCUUCUCCAGAAACGCCGCCCCCGCCACCUCCUCCUCCUCCAUUGCCUCCAGCUCCUCCACAGCCUUCUUCUAUGGGUCCUGUAAAGAUCUCCAACACGGUUUCUACUCCUCUGCAAGCUCCGCCACCCACUCCUCCCCCGCCACCACCACCACCUCCUCCUCCUCCUCCUCCUCCCCCACCUCCUCCACCUUCUGCUCCUCCACAGGUCCAACUGCCGGUUUCUCUGGACCUGCCACUCUUUCCUUCCAUUAUGAUGCAACCUGUGCAACAUCCUGCGCUUCCUCCCCAGCUUGCCCUGCAGCUGCCACAGAUGGACGCACUCUCUGCAGACCUCACCCAACUUUGCCAGCAGCAGCUCGGAUUAGAUCCCAACUUCUUAAGACAUUCUCAGUUCAAACGCCCACGGACAAGAAUUACAGAUGAUCAGCUAAAAAUCCUGAGGGCUUAUUUUGACAUUAAUAAUUCUCCAAGUGAAGAACAGAUCCAGGAAAUGGCAGAGAAAUCUGGCCUCUCCCAAAAAGUUAUCAAACACUGGUUUCGAAAUACGCUUUUUAAGGAACGACAGAGAAAUAAAGAUUCACCAUACAACUUCAGUAACCCUCCUAUAACGGUUUUAGAAGAUAUCAGAAUUGAUCCACAGCCCACUUCUUUAGAACAUUACAAAUCUGAUGCAUCAUUCAGUAAAAGGUCUUCUAGAACGAGAUUUACUGACUACCAGCUUAGGGUUCUGCAAGACUUUUUUGACACAAACGCUUACCCUAAAGAUGAUGAAAUAGAACAACUCUCCACUGUUCUUAAUCUGCCUACCCGGGUUAUUGUUGUAUGGUUCCAGAAUGCUCGUCAGAAAGCACGAAAGAGUUACGAGAAUCAAGCAGAAACAAAAGAUAAUGAAAAAAGAGAACUCACUAAUGAACGGUACAUUCGAACAAGCAACAUGCAGUACCAGUGUAAAAAGUGCAAUGUGGUUUUCCCCAGGAUCUUUGACUUGAUUACACAUCAGAAAAAGCAGUGUUACAAGGAUGAAGAUGAUGAUGCCCAAGAUGAAAGCCAAACAGAAGACUCCAUGGAUGCCACUGAUCAAGUGGUAUACAAGCAUUGCACAGUGUCUGGCCAAACGGAUGCAGCCAAAAACGCUGCUGCCCCUGCAGCAAGUUCUGGCUCUGGGACCAGCACCCCCCUGAUUCCAUCACCCAAACCAGAACCUGAGAAGACUUCUCCAAAACCUGAAUAUCCCGCAGAAAAGCCAAAGCAGAGUGACCCCUCUCCCCCUUCUCAAGGCACCAAACCAGCCCUGCCAUUAGCAUCGACUUCCUCGGACCCACCACAGGCAUCCACAGCCCAGCCACAGCCACAGCCACAGCCACCAAAACAACCCCAGCUUAUCGGAAGACCUCCCUCGGCCUCUCAAACACCGGUCCCUUCCAGUCCACUGCAAAUUUCCAUGACGUCUCUCCAGAACAGUCUACCUCCACAGUUACUACAAUACCAAUGUGAUCAGUGUACAGUUGCCUUCCCAACUCUGGAACUCUGGCAGGAACACCAGCACAUGCACUUCCUUGCUGCUCAAAACCAAUUCCUUCACUCUCCGUUCUUGGAAAGGCCCAUGGACAUGCCCUACAUGAUAUUCGACCCCAACAAUCCGCUGAUGACUGGACAACUGCUGGGCAGUUCCCUCACUCAAAUGCCCCCUCAGGCCAGUUCCUCCCACACCACAGCCCCUACAACGGUUGCUGCUUCCCUAAAAAGGAAACUAGAAGAUAAAGAAGAUAAUAAUUGCAGUGAAAAAGAAGGAGGGAAUAGCGGUGAAGACCAACACCGAGAUAAACGCUUGAGAACCACGAUCACCCCGGAACAGCUGGAAAUACUCUAUGAAAAAUACUUGCUAGAUUCCAAUCCUACCAGAAAAAUGCUUGAUCAUAUUGCCCGCGAAGUCGGGCUGAAAAAAAGGGUCGUGCAAGUCUGGUUCCAGAAUACACGAGCGCGGGAGAGGAAAGGCCAGUUCCGGGCGGUGGGUCCAGCACAGUCUCAUAAACGGUGUCCGUUUUGCCGAGCCCUGUUUAAAGCAAAGUCGGCCUUAGAAAGCCACAUUCGCUCUCGGCACUGGAAUGAAGGAAAGCAGGCAGGUUACAGCUUGCCACCAAGUCCUUUAAUAUCCACCGAAGAUGGGGGAGAAAGCCCACAGAAAUACAUUUAUUUUGAUUACCCAUCUUUGCCAUUAACUAAAAUUGAUCUAUCAAGUGAGAAUGAAUUGGCUUCUACAGUGUCAACACCUGUUAGUAAAACAGCAGAGCUGUCGCCGAAGAAUCUUUUAAGCCCUUCUUCUUUUAAAGCAGAGUGUUCUGAGGAUGUAGAGAAUUUAAAUGCCCCUCCUGCUGAGGCUGGGUAUGAUCAAAAUAAAACCGAUUUUGAUGAGACUUCAUCGAUUAAUACGGCAAUCAGUGACGCCACCACCGGAGACGAGGGAAACACUGAAAUGGAAAGCACCACAGGAAGUUCCGGAGAUGUGAAACCGGCUUUGUCUCCCAAAGAGCCAAAAACUCUGGAUACUCUGCCAAAACCAGCAACCACACCUACCACGGAGGUCUGCGAUGACAAAUUUCUCUUUUCUCUCACAAGCCCGUCCAUCCAUUUCAAUGACAAAGAUGGCGACCACGACCAAAGCUUUUACAUCACGGAUGACCCGGAUGACAACGCCGACCGCAGCGAAACGUCCAGCAUAGCGGACCCGAGCUCCCCAAAUCCAUUCGGAUCCAGCAAUCCCUUUAAGUCCAAAAGUAAUGAUCGGCCGGGUCACAAGCGUUUUCGAACGCAAAUGAGCAAUCUUCAACUCAAGGUUCUCAAGGCUUGCUUUAGUGACUACCGAACUCCAACCAUGCAAGAAUGUGAAAUGUUAGGGAAUGAGAUUGGCCUGCCCAAACGCGUGGUCCAAGUGUGGUUCCAAAAUGCAAGGGCAAAGGAAAAGAAAUUUAAAAUUAACAUAGGGAAGCCUUUCAUGAUCAAUCAAGGUGGAACAGAAGGCACCAAACCAGAGUGUACCCUCUGCGGGGUGAAGUACUCUGCCCGCUUGUCCAUCAGAGAUCACAUUUUCUCCAAACAGCACAUUUCAAAAGUGAGGGAGACCGUUGGCAGUCAGCUCGAUCGGGAGAAAGAUUACUUGGCUCCAACCACGGUUCGGCAGCUGAUGGCACAGCAAGAACUUGAUCGUAUAAAGAAAGCUUCAGACGUGCUGGGCUUGGCGGUACAGCAGCCAGGCAUGAUGGACAGCAGUUCUCUCCACGGCAUCAGCCUGCCAGCAGCCUACCCCGGACUCCCCGGCCUUCCUCCAGUCCUUCUCCCCGGAAUGAACGGUCCGUCCUCCUUGCCGGGAUUUCCACAAAAUUCAAACACUUUAACACCUCCCGGUGCAGGCAUGCUUGGGUUUCCUACUUCAGCUACUUCGUCUCCUGCCCUGUCUCUCAGCAGUGCCCCCACCAAACCUUU